CAGCGGCCUAUCAGUAGCGCGCGAGCCACACGCGGUCGGCGCGGGAUCGAGAUGCAAGGCGCAGGCCAUCGGUGGGCGUGGCGGCAUCGACAAAAGCUCCGCCUAUUCGGCGGGCCAAGGUUUCUCGUUUUCCUUCGCCAGCAUCCGGCUGCAGCCUAGCUCGUCUUUGCAGUCAUGCGCGGCCUGCCGCAUCCUCGAUGCCUGCAAUGGUGCCGCGAUCCCCUGCCCGUAUUAAUGUCGUCUUGGGUCGUCACGCUCUCUCUUAUUGCUGAUCACCGCCCUCACGAUCCUGACGUCCUCCAUCGUAACCCUCUUCCAUCGUCGAGCCAGGCCUUACUUCUACUGCCGUGCUCCUCGCUUCUUUCCUCGUCCUCCACACAAUGCUGGCACAUCAGGCCUGCUACUUCACCCUACCGCCUACACCUCAUCGACCAUCCUCCCCCGAGACGCCCCUCUCUUCUCCCAUCAUCAGCCCUGGGGAGACGCCAGUCGAUCCCUUCCACCCGCUGUUGGCAUUUAGAACCUCCUGUUACCCACUUCUCACCUCGCCUCAAAUGCCUGCCCCAUCGACCAUCCUGCAAAUGCAGACUGCCGCAGCACACUCCGGCUCUUCCAGCCGGCCGCGACCGCACCCGGUGCAGCACGUACUGCACGUCACGGGAGACGACUCCACCCGAUCCGACCGCCCUUCCUCCUCCAGCCGCUCGGAGACGUCUUCUUUGGAUCUCGCACGCUGCUCGAGGUGCCAGCGAACGUCCAGCAUCGACGUGAAGACGGGCAGGAGCAGUUGCAUGGUGCAGUACGGUCUCAAUUCAUGGUACUGCAGUCGUUGCGCGGCCAUGGUUGGACUCAACAAUCGCUGAACCGAACGAAUGAUGUCCUCUCACACUUGCCACCUAUCGAUUG